AAAAUGGUGUGGAGCAGCAAAAUGUCAAGCUUUCUACUGAUUUUGCUCAUUCUUAAUUCGACCCAUUUCAGUCUAAUGGCUAAUGGUAGACCAGAGCCAAACUCAGUCGAAUUCACCAAGAGUGGAGAUCAAGAUGAGAAGAUGAUGAUGAGAGGUCUAAUAGGAUCAAGACCACCAAGAUGUGAGAGAGUGAGAUGUCGUUCUUGUGGUCAUUGUGAAGCAAUUCAAGUUCCUACAAAUCCUCAAACAAAGCUUCACUCACCUUUUACCACUUCUUCUUCUUCCUCUGAGAUUAUUCAUCUUGAUUACACCAGAGGAGAUGAUAGUACUAAUUACAAACCCAUGAGCUGGAAAUGCAAAUGUGGUAACUCUAUCUACAACCCUUGAAGAACAUUUCUUUACUUUUUCUACAUUUUUUUUCUUUGGUUCAAAUUCUAAAAUCUCUGUGUAAAUAUCUAUAAUUUUGUUGUUUUUUUUUCGGGUCAAACAUAUUUUAGUUGUAAUCUUCAGAUUUUAUGGUAAUUCUGUGUGACUGAUUAUGGUGUUGUUGUUUAUUAUAGUGUAGUUAACAAAAAAAACAGAGAUGAAUAAAAAUUUGCUUUAUCC